CUCGCUGGCAGCAUCACCAAGGUGUUCUUUAGCGACGGGACGGAACCGCAUUCUUGUAAAUACAGCCGAAUUCACAACUACCGCCAAGAUGGAUCCCUACUCGACCGAGGGCGAAUUGAUCAACAUUCACAACCACUUCCACCAGGGCCAGUACCAGGAAGUCAUCGACUUCGACACCUCGUCCUUCUCCCCUGACAACGCCCUGCCGGUGCGCGUCCUCACUCUCCGAGCUCAGCUUGCCCUUGGCCAGGCCGAAGAUGUCCUUGCCGAUGUGAAGGGAGAGCAGGAGCCAGAUCUCCAGGCUCUAGGAGCUUUCGCCGAGUACACCUUGGGCAAGACCGACUCUGCGCUCAAGACGGUUGAGAAGUUGGCUGCAUCGUCAGCCGACAAUGCGACUGUCCAGAUCGUCGGUGGAUCAGUGCUCCAGGCUUCUGGCAAGCCCGAGGAAGCGCUCGCGCUGCUGUCGCAACACCAGGGAAGCCUUGAUGCCGUCGCCUUGAUUGCCCAGAUCCACCUGCAACAAAACCGAACCGACCUUGCCAUCAAGGAAGUUACCGGCGCUCGAAGAUGGGCCCAGGAUAGCCUGCUGGUGAACUUGGCAGAGUCAUGGGUUGGAUUGAGAGUGGGUGGAGAGAAGUAUCAACAGGCAUUUUACGUAUUCGAGGAGCUCGCCCAAGCCGCCGCCACAUCGUCGGUCCGGACUCUUGUCUCCCAGGCGGUUUGCGAAGUCCACCUUGGUAGAUUGGAGGAGGCCCAGGCCGCGUUGGAGCAAGCCCUUCAGAAGGACGCCGAGCACGCCGAUGCCAUUGCCAACCUGUUGGUGCUGAACAUCAUCUCUGGAAUCGAUGCUACAGAGCAAACUGAGAUCCUCAAGAAGGUCAACCCUAAGCAUCAAUUCCUGGUGGACUUGGAGGAGAAGAGCGCACUGUUCGACAAGGCGGCGACAAAGUAUAGCGCCAAGGUGUCGGCAUAAUCUGGCGUAACGGUGCAUGGAAUGACUAUUAUGAUAGGCGCAUGGCUGUUAGACGAUCGGAACCUUAGCGAGAAAUAUGGAAUCUUCUCGAUGUGAUGUGGCUACCCUGUAGCUUCGUCCUGAUUUUACGCUCUUAUCAUCUGAUCCCUCAAAAACAAUACCUAGGGACCUUGUCAUUAGAGGAAGUUGAUGUUUACGUAGCUGUGUGAACAGUUUCUGUCCCGAGUUGUUGGCUCACUGGCUGGUGUAUCUGUGACAUGGCCGCCAUAGCUUAGGUACCUACGGGUCCUGUGCUAAAUUUAUCGAAAAGAAUUAAGUUCAACUCCCCGGAUAAUGAAGAAUGAGUAUUGCUAUUCGCACAUAUAAAUAUGUACUGCCAUCCUGAUG